CCUGGAGUGAAGGAGGGUAACUAGUGGCAGUGGGCCCCCGGCUUCCCCAAGUCAGACUCCCAGUCCUGAGAAAGUACCAUGAGCGGCAAAAGUGCUACCGGUUUCGGUUUCCACCUCCGUCCCUCUUUCUAGGGAAACAGACCCCGCCAUGGAGGAGAUGCUAGAAGACCCCCCCACCUCAGCUGUACUGCUGGACCACUGUCAUUUCUCUCAGGUCAUCUUCAACAGUGUGGAGAAGUUCUACGUGCCUGGAGGGGACGUCACGUGCUAUUACACCCUCACCCAGCAUUUCGUCCCCCGUCGAAAGGACUGGAUUGGAAUCUUCAGAGUGGGAUGGAAGACCACCCGUGAAUAUUACACCUUCAUGUGGGUUACUCUGCCCACUGACCUGAACAGCAAGUCGACCCAACAGCAGGAAGUCCAGUUCAAAGCUUAUUACCUGCCCAAGGACGAUGAGUAUUACCAGUUCUGCUACGUGGAUCAGGAUGGCGUGGUCCGGGGAGCGAGCAUCCCUUUCCAGUUCCGUCCAGAAAAUGAGGAGGACAUCCUGGUUGUCACCACUCAGGGCGAGGUGGAAGAGAUUGAGCAGCACAACAAUGAGCUUUGCAGAGAAAACCAGGAGCUGAGGGACAGCUGUGUCAGCCUCCAGAAGCAGAACUCAGACCUGCAGGACGAGCUCCGAAAGAAGCAGGAGGAACUGGAAACCUUAAAGAGCAUCAACAAGGAGCUGGAGCAGAAAGCGAAGGAGCAGCAGGAUAGCUGGGAGACAGAGCUGCUCCAACUGAAAGAACAAAACCAGAAGAUGUCCUCAGAAAAUGAGAAGAUGAGGGUCAGAGUGGACCAGCUCCAGGCGCAGCUGUCGGCUCAAGAGAAAGAAAUGGAGGAGCUUAUUCGGGGAGAUCAAGAUAACGCAGAGCAGCUGGAGUAUCUGAAAAGGGAAAACAGCCAGCUUCUUCGCAGUUUAACUGAACAGAGGGAGCAACAGAAGAAGCUCGAGCAGACGGUGACAGAGCUGAAGCAGGAAGAAGCUACUGCAUUGAAGAAACAGCAGGAGCUGACGGACCAGAACUUUGACCUGUCAAGAAGACUGAGUGAAAACAAGAUUAUAUAUGAUGUUCUGCUUAAAGAGAAAGAGAGGAUGGAAAGAGAAAAUGAUGUUUUGAAGAGUGAGAACAGCAGGCUGAUGAGGUACAUGGAUCUGGACUUUGACUUUCCGCCAGGUCAAGGGCCUGCUUCGGAUCAGGGAAGCACAGGACGGAACCCAGGGCUGGUCUAUGGGAAUCCCUACACUGGCAUCCAAGAAAGUUCUGCCUCCAGCCUGCUCUCCAGUAAGAGAUGCCCCGCCUGCAAGUCAGACUUCAUGGGUGACAUCUGUGAUCACACCUUGGAGCAGCAGCUUGUUCAGACCCUGUAUUGUCCAAUUUGUGACAAGAGCUUCUCAGCCACAGAAGAGCAAAUCUUUCAGGACCAUAUGUUCUGCCACAGUCUAUAAGCGUCCCAGCCUCUCAGGUCCACGCUGCACGUAGAUGUUAUAGAGCAGAACCUAUAGCUUCUACUACGAGUUAUGACACGAGAUCCUGUCUAACCUGAAAAUAUUGGGGAUUUACUUAGUCCUGCUGCCCGGAAGGUAGAAUCAUGUCCAUAAUCUAAAGGGCAGUGUUCAGGGCUAUUACUUCCAUCCACGCUGGCUACCACCUUUGACGUUAUCACGUGCUGCUAGCCGUGUCAGCUUCGCACCUGUGAUGCCAGUUCUUCCAACGGCCCCCACUACACGGGCCCCGGGAUGCCAGUGACCUGGCUGUUCCCCGCCGGCCUGACUCAGACCCUAAGGGGUUAGUUUUCCAAGUUGUCCCACAGCCACGCAAGGUGAGGCCUUGAGUGUAUUUGUACUCAGUCCUCAGUCCUGCCCCUGGGGCCGGAAGUUGACCAGCAGUUGAGAAUCUCUUCCUCCUCUCCCUCACGCCCUUUUCUCCCCCUGAUGGCAUUAGACUGGCCAAAAAAAAUGCAUGGCAGAGAACUCAGGCAUCCAGUUUGGAUACCAACAGUUUCUCAUCUUGAUUUCUCAGCUCCUAAUAGAGGCCUCUUUUUCUUGAACCAUAGACAUGAACUAUUAUUUCAAUCACAGAAAGUCCUCUUUGUCUAGGGAUACCUCUGAUUGGCAUUUUCUACUCCUUGAUCUUUCCUACGCACACACUUUUAUUGUCUUUUCUUAACAGUAGGAGUUGUUAAAAACCGUAUGGGGGUUGCAACUUUCUAAGCCCGUGGGUUUCAAUAUGGAUGAGUCCAAAUAAUGAGACUAAUGUUAAUCUCUUUAAUACUAAAAAAAUAAACUAGUCCUCUUUUUCAAGGACUUUGGUAACCUAAAAUAAA